CACUACCACUACUGUUUCAGAUUCCAUUAUCUGAGCUAGCUACCUCAGCUGCUCGAUCACUCGCUUCUCUGCUGCUGCUGAACGAGUCACGGGCCACUCGCAACCACCAGCCUAGCCUAGCCUAGCCUAGCUAGCAGCGAGCUUUGCUGCUGCUCCGAGUGAGGUACGGUGGUGCAAUGGCGGCGAUGACGAUGAGACGGCGGCCGGCGAUGGAGGUGGUGGUGGUUGUGGUGGCGGUGGUGAUGAUGCUUGGGGGAGGGGCGAGGGCGGGGGGGCCGCUGAAGGCGCACUACUACCGGCACGCCUGCCCGGAGGCGGAGGUGGUGGUGCGGGAGAUCGUGACGGCCCGCGUCGCCGCCGACCCCGCCGCGCUGCCUGCCCGCCUGCUCCGACUCUUCUUCCACGACUGCUUCGUCCGGGGGUGCGACGCGUCGGUGCUGAUCGACUCGACGUCGGGGAGCUCGGCGGAGAAGGACGCGGCGCCGAACGGCUCGCUGGCGGGGUACGACGUCAUCGACUCCGCCAAGGCCGUCCUCGAGGCCGUCUGCCCCGGCGUCGUCUCCUGCGCCGACAUCGUCGCGCUCGCCGCCAGGGACGCCGUCUCCUUCCAGUUCGGGAGAGACCUGUGGGACGUGCAGCUGGGGCGGCGCGACGGCGUGGUGUCGCUGGCGUCGGAGGCGCUGUCGAACCUCCCGGCGCCGACGGACAACUUCACGACGCUGCGGAGUAACUUCGCCGGCAAGGGCCUCGACGUCAAGGACCUCGUCAUCCUCUCUGGGGCGCACACCAUCGGCGUGGGUCAUUGCAACCUCUUCGGCGCCAGGCUCUUCAACUUCACUGGCGCCGCCGCGCCGUCGGCCGACCCGACCCUGAACGCCGCCUACGCCGCGCAGCUGCGGGCCACGUGCGGGUCGGCGUCGAACAACGUCACCGCGGUGCCCAUGGACCCUGGCAGCGCCGCCCGGUUCGACGCCCACUACUUCGUCAACCUCAAGCUCGGCCGGGGCCUCUUCGCCUCUGACGCCGCGCUGCUCGACGACCGCCACGCCGCCGCGCUCAUCCACGACCUCACCGGCCAGGACCGCUUCCUUGCGGAGUUCAAGAACGCCAUCCGCAAGAUGGGCCGCGUCGGCGUGCUCACCGGCGACCAGGGCGAGAUCAGGAGGAACUGCAGGAUCGUCAACUCAAAAUGAUCAUCAAUCAAUUAAUUAAUUAAUUAAUUUGUUGUUCAUGAAACUUCAGUGCAAAGUUCUGGAUGGAUGGAUUGCGUUUUUCAUUUUUAUUUACUUAUUUAUUUAUUGUGCGUUUGGUAUA